AUGAAAGUUAUGAAACAUAUCAAUGGAGAAGCAUACAAGCACAUGAUGUCUACCCCUCCAAGGUUUUGGAGCAGAUCAUACUUCAAGACUCAUAACAAAUGUGAUGCAGUUCUCAAUAAUAUGUCAGAAUCCUUUAAUAGUGUUAUUUUGGAGUCAAGGGCCAAGCCAUUAAUAACCAUGGUGGAAGAAAUUAGGAUAUACAUAAUGGAGAGAUGGGCUACAAACAGGAUGAGGUUUCAGAAAUUGACAGAUGUAGAAGUGUUGCCAAACAUUAUGAAAAAGGUUGAGAAAACAAGUUCAUUCACAAACAUGUGGCUUCCCAGGAUGUCUGAUGAGCAUAUGUUUGAAGUGAGGGAUCUGGAAAAUUCUGCUGAAAAAUUCACUGUAAACUUGAAGGAAAAAAUCUGUUCAUGCAGAAGAUGGGAGCUAACAGGCCUACCAUGUGUUCAUUCACUUGCAGCAAUCAAGAAUAGGAACCAUAGGAUUGAUGAAUACAUUCCUGAUUAUUACAGGAAAUCUAGAUAUUUGCAAGUGUACAAACCUGUCAUAUUCCCUGUUAAUGGCUCAAACCUAUGGGUUACAACUGAGUACCCUGAUGUUAUGCCACCCAAAUUCAGGAAAAUGCCUGGAAGGCCAAAGAAAAGGAGGAAUUUAGAGCAAGGUGAGCUAGAUGGUACUGAUAAAAAGAUGAGAAGAACAAGAUUCAUUAUAAAGUGUAGCAGGUGUAAGCAGGUAGGUCACAACAAGCUUACUUGUAAGGUGCCUUCUACUAGUCAGACACAUGUAGCUCAACCAUCUGUACCACAAGCACCAUCUGUACCACAAGCACCAGUGCCUUCUCAACCAUCUCAAGCAUCUGUACCAGUGCCUUCUCAACCAUCUCAAGCAUCUGUACCAGUUCCUUCUCAACCAUCUCAAGCAUCUGUACCAGUUCCUUCUCAACCAUCUCAAGCAUCUGUACCAGUGGCAUCAUCUGUACCAGUGGCAUAUGUACCAGUGGCAUCUCAAGCAUCUAAGUCAGUUCCUGGUCAAGGUUCUCAGGCAUCUCAAUCUAAAUCAUCCAAAAAGUUGUCAGUUAGAAGGCCAAAUGCACCAUUUGUCCCAUCUCAAGCAUCUAAGUCAGUUCCUGGUCAAGCUUCUCAGCCAUCUCAAUCUAAAUCAUCCAAAAAGUUGUCAGUUCGAAGGCCAAAUGCACCAUUUGUCCCACCAGGUCCAACAACGAGGUUAAAGGCAUCAAUAACUGUUGUAGGUCCAACAACAAGAAGGACAACACCAACUAAAAGAGCAGCACCAAAGUGGAAACCUUAG